AUGGAAGGUGAGUUGGGGAGCAGCAACACCACCCUCAUCGGAGAGAGCCCUCGGCUCAGUGGCAGCGCUUGGACAGCCGCCUUCCUGGGCUUCAUCGUCCUCUUGACCAUGGUGGGCAACUUCUCGCUCAUCCUGCUGAUCUUCACUCAGCGGGCCUUGCGCAACACCUCCAACUACUUCCUGGUGUCGCUCUUCAUGUCCGACCUCAUGGUGGGCUCCGUGGUGAUGCCCCCAGCCCUGCUGAACCAGCUCUACGGCCGCUGGGUGCUGGACGGCGCCUUCUGCUCCGUCUGGUUCUCCUUCGACGUGAUGUGCACCAGCGCCUCCAUCCUCAACUUGUGCGUCAUCAGCCUGGACCGGUACCUGCUCAUUAUCUCGCCUCUCAAGUACAAGCUGAGGAUGACGCCCGGCCGGGCCGUGCUGCUCAUCCUGGCCACCUGGACGCUGGCCGCCUUGGUGUCCUUCCUGCCCAUCAAGAUGGGCUGGCACAAGAUGGAGUUCGACCUCCGGCUGCUCAACGCCACCCUCCAGGCCCAGGAAGAGCAGUGCCGGCUAGUGGUCAGCCUGCCCUACGCCCUCAUCGCCUCCGGCCUGACGUUCUUCCUCCCGUCCGUCGCCAUCCUCUUCACCUACUGCCGCAUCCUCCUGGCGGCCCGGAAGCAGGCGGUCCAGGUGGCCUCGCUCACCAACAACGGGCCGACGCAACAGGUGCACCGAGCGCACAGCCAAUCGACAGGCACAAGCGACAACCGGAAACUUGCCAACAAGCACAGCAAAAGGGCGCUGAAGGCCAGUUUGACUUUGGGCGUCUUGCUGGGCAUGUUCUUUGUGGCAUGGCUCCCUUUCUUUGUCUGUAAUAUGGCACAGGCUGUCUGUAACUGCAUCUCUGCGGACUUUUUCGACAUCCUCACCUGGCUGGGCUACUUCAACAGCACGAUGAACCCCAUCAUUUAUCCCCUCUUCAUGCGGGACUUCAAGAGGGCCAUGGCGAAGUACUUGCCGUGCUGCCGGCGCACCUGGGAGGGACAGCCCAGCCCCGUCUCGCUCUCCAUGAGGAACUCCAACAGUGGCCCUCGGCCGGGGGCGUCCCUCAAGAACGUCCUGAGCCUGCCGGGAGACACCGAUUCCGGCGACUCCAUCACCCAGGCCGACGAGCGCGGGAGCCAGCGUUUGGGCUCUCUCCCAGCCACGGGAGCAGACUCGGUGAACCUUUUCGACCUGGAGCAGACGGACCAGGAACUCCACAUCAAUCCGUUAAACACUCCCAUGGACUGAGAGGCCCCACCAGCCCUUCACAGCUGGAGGUCCACCCCGGCCGUCUGAAAACCAGAGCUUGGUGCAGCUGGCCAUGCCGAAUAGC